UCUACUUUGUCAGAUUUCAAUUUCAAUUUUCUGCAAUUUUUGAGAUGUAUGGCGGUUUUUUGCAAUUUCAAUUUCAAUUUUUUGUAAACCAAUUUUUUAGGGGGUUAUUGCUGCAACUUCAGUGGUUGAUGCCAUAAUUUCAGCGCUGCUGGUUUUUUGGUCCUUAAAUUAGUUUGGUUUUGGCAUGUCGCUAUUGAUUUUUUCGAAUAUGCAUUAGAUUGUGGAGUAUUCAAACAAUAAUGAGAGCAUUGCUAUUUAUUGGUUCACACGCAUGUAAUACUUGUUUUUUGUGCAAUUUAUUUGAGCCUUGAGGACUUCAGUGUGGCAUAUCCUUGGGAGGAGAUAGUAGUUGUGCUGGAGUUUUGGUGACGUACAAAAUAAGCUUUGAAUUUUUUUCAGUGUGUACUUAUCUAGUUAAUAUGGAGUACUUGACAAUUUAAUACUGGCAUUUGAAGGAGUGAUCUGCAUAAAACGGGUUCAUGGCUGUGAUUGUGAAUUUGUGAUUAUGGUUCACAGAAGCAUGUAAAUUAAUUUAUGGCACACAAGAUACAAAAUCAGAAAAGAGUUUGAAAUAACUACCAACUUCUAUUAAAAUGUGUAUGUGUUUGUGUAAAAUCCAUUGGCUUCAGAGAAACAGUCGAAAUCCCACAAAAUAUCUGACAGAGGAAAGAGAUGGACAAUGGGCAAAACCAAUCAAAAUAUCAAUACAAACAGUUCAUACUAGACAGAACAACCCAUCAUAAAACACCAGCAAUUCAGAACCUACGGCAUGAGUCAUCAAAAGCAAGCAACGAAUACACCCACAAUAAUAUCAGUCGUUUUCACUAAAAAAAAAAACAAAUAUCAGUUGUAUUUACAAUUGGAUUCCCUUCAGUAAUACAUGGUAUAUUAGUUGUUUAUGAUAGUGUUCCACCAUUUCCUUCUGUUAUCAUCAUGUGUGUAAAGUUCAGUAGAACUCGAGGAAUAUGAUGGGGUUUUGCUACAAGUGCAGUUGAUCUUUUGGCACUACAUGAUUAUCUGUUAUCUGGUUUGUUCUUCAGUACGGUGUUCAUAUUUGUUACCUGGUGUGUUAUUCAGUAGGCCUUAGUUAACAGUCACUCGUCGUAUCAGUUGGAUGAGCAAUGAGACAUGACUUUUAGAGAUGUCAUUGUUGUUUGUUUGCUUGUUCAUUCUUAAGCGUCGUAGAAUUAAGGAAAUUACUACCACCAAUAACAUCCCUUUAAUCUGACUUUCUGGUUAUUUCUUGUCCAAUGAUGCCGUGUGGUUUAGGGUUGGUACAUGGGAGAAACUUGAUACCGCCAUUUUUAAUGCUUGUUGCAAGUGUUUAGAACACAAAUCAAGGAAAAUUGCAAAUGGUGGAAAUAUGUCUUGGGUUGGGGCAGUAAAGUUCAGGGCCAUGUCUGAAAUUAUAGGGUCAAUCAAUAUUAAAAAUGAUGAUUGAUGUUGAUGCCUGCUACAUUAAGUUCAGGGUCAGUUGCUAACUUCUUUUGCUGCUAACUGUUGCUGCAUUAACUGCUAGCUAACUGUUGUUGCUUCUAACUGCUGUGGCUGCUAACUGCUAACUGUUAACUGUUGUUACUGCUAUUCUGCUGCUGCAUUAACUGCAUGUUGGGAACUGCUACCAUUUUCGUGUUAAAAUAUGAAUGAUUGUGCCUCCCCACCCCUAUAAUUAUUUCCAAUCUUUUGCUAGAUAGCAUGGAUAAUGAUAGGAGUUGAAUGCAUAUUCAAGGGUUGAGCAAUCGGCUACAACCAACUUACCGAAAUGGUGUUAAAAGUUUUCUCGAAUUUGCUUUCAAGGACACAAUCCUUAAUACUGGGGCUAAGAAAAGGUGUCCUUGUUUGAAGUGUCGAAAUUAUAUCGACCAUGAUAGAGAGACAAUGCGUGCCCAUCUUUUCCGAGUAGGAAUAGAGCCUGACUACAAUCCUUGGAUAUUCCAUGGAGAAGAACAAUCCCUAGACAUGGGAAACAUGGAAAUGUCCGAGGAGGAAGGCGAUUGGUUUGAUGAUGAAGAUCCUCUCGUAUCAGAGGAGAUGGCAGCUUUGGUGCAUGAUGCCACAAAUGUAGUGCCCGAGAAUUUGAAUGAGGAAGAAGAAGAGGAUCGUGCUGAGAUUCCUGAUAAAUUUCAUAGGUUGAUGAAAGAUGCAGAAGAAGAAUUAUUCUCGGGUUGUAAAACCUUUUCAAGGUUGGAGUUCAUCGUAACUCUCUUACAUAUUAAGGUUAGUGGACAUUGGCCUGAGAAGUCAUUUAGUCUGCUCCUUAAUGCAUUACAAAAGGCCUUCAAUUAUGAUCCAAAAUUUCCAAAGAGCUCCCGUGAAGCCCAGAAGUACACAAAAGAUCUUGGGUUGAAUUAUGUGAAGAUCCAUGCUUGUGUGAAUCAUUGCAUUCUUUAUAGAAAGGAGUAUGAAAAUGCCGAUUCAUGCCCUACUUGUGAGGAGUCCAGAUGGAAAGAAGGUAGUGGUGAAUUUGAUGAUAGUGUCACAUUUUCGGAAUCUCAAGGGACCUCACAACGGAUUCCUAGAAUACCUCGUCUAGUUCUUCGUCAUUUUCCUUUAGUCCCUAGGCUUCAAAGGCUUUUUAUGUCUUCAAAAAUUGCUAAGCACAUGAGAUGGCAUAAGGAUAGGAAGCGAGUUGAUAAGGACGUAUUAAGGCAUCCAUCUGAUUCAAAGGCAUGGGAGAAGCUCGAUGAUUCAUUUCCUGAUUUUGCAGCAGAUCCACGUAAUGUGAGAUUAGGUCUUUCAACUGAUGGUUUCAAUCCUGGUGCACAUUUAGGCACUAAGUACAGUAUAUGGCCAGUCUUUUUAGUGCCAUAUAAUCUCCCACCAUGGAUGUGUAUGACAAGUCCUUACAUCAUGCUAUCACUCUUAAUUCCUGGUCCAAAGUCCCCCGGAAAUGAUAUAGAUGUGUUCUUGGAGCCGUUGAUCGAUGAACUUCAAGAGUUAUGGGAAGUUGGGGUGAAAACUUAUGAUUCACAUAGUCGCCAAAAUUUUAAUAUGAAGGCAGCGCUAUUGUGGACAAUGAGUGAUUUUCCUGCUUACGGGAAUCUGUCUGGUUGGAGUACUUGUGGUAAACUUGCUUGCCCAACAUGUCAUAAGCAUACUUGGCACAAGCGGUUAAAGCAUGGAUCGAAAGAAUGCUUUAAAGGUACUCGUAUGUUCUUGGAACCCGAUCAUAGGUGGAGAAAUGACAAGAAAUCUUUUGAUGGGGAAAAGGAGAGACGACCACCUCCUAUUCCUUUGUCAGGGGAUGAGAUAUUAGAGGCAUUUGAUGGUGUCCCCAAUGUGAUUUUUGGGAAGAAGCGAAAGAGAACCGAUCGAUACUUGUUUGACCAAUGGAAGAAGUUGAGCAUCUUCUUUAGACUUCCUUAUUGGAGUAAGCUUUUGAUAAGACACAACUUAGAUGUCAUGCAUAUUGAAAAGAACAUUUGUGACAGUAUAUUAGGAACAAUACUUGAUAUUCCUAACAAGACAAAAGACACCUUGAAAGCUCGAAAGGAUUUGAAGGAGAUGAAUGUGCAUCAUAAUUUAAUUCCUAUUAAGAUAGGUGAUAAAUAUGCCAUCCCUAGAGCACCAUAUCAGUUGACAUCUAUAGAGAGGCGUAAAGUAUUGGAGUUCUUGUCCAAGGUUAAAGUGCCAGAUGGUUACUCUUCUAACAUAGCUCGAUGUGCAAGUAUGGAAGAUGGAAAAAUCUCAAACAUGAAAAGUCAUGAUUGUCAUGUGUUCUUGCAAGAUUUGCUUAAACCGGCAUUUCAAGAUGGAAAAGAGUAUUGCAAUUACUCUUUGCAAGCUUGAAAAGGUAUUUGUUCCGGCUUUCUUUGAUAUUAUGGUCCACCUUCCAAUCCACUUGGCCAAUGAGGCCAAGAUAGCUGGCCCAGUGCAGUAUCGUUGGCAAUAUCGGUUUGAAAGGUAACAAGUUAUUCCUUUUAUAUUAAUAUGUGAAGUUAUUUUUUCAUUGCAACAUGUUGUGUAAUGGUU